AUUAUCAUUAAGAAUUGAGCCAGGUAACAGCUCUCCUCGACUGGUUUCCUCCAAAGAAGAUCUUGCAGGUCCAUCUGACAUGUCAGCAAUUAUGAAAUUCAGCAAACCCACGUGUCCUGAUGCCUCAGUAGCAGCAAGUCUACCUACACCUCCUGUACCAAGACACAGGAAGAGUCACAGCCUGGGAAACAACAUGAUGUGUCAGCUCAGUGUGGUGGAGAGCAAAAGCGCCACCUUCCCGACGGAGAAGCCGCGCCACCUCCUGGAUGACAGCGUCCUGGAGUCGCACAGCCCUGCCCGCAGCCACGCCCGGAACUCGCUUCUCGCCAAUGGCCUUUCCAUAGAUAGCAGUGAAAGCUCAGAAUUUAGUGAGGAGCUGCCGUCAGGGCUUGAAAGGGGUCGUUUAUAUGCCACGCUGGGGCCUAACUGGAGGGUACCAAUCCGGAAUUCUCCUAGGAGUCGAAGCUGUGUCUACAGCCCAACAGGGUCCUGCAGCUGCACCUUAGGUAGUUCCACAGGAGUCGUUACCAUGGAAGGGCCAUUAAGGAGAAAAACAUUGCUCAAAGAAGGCAAGAAACCUACUCUCUCCUCAUGGACUAGAUACUGGGUUAUGCUUUCAGGAUCAACUCUUCUGUACUUUGGAGCAAAAUCUUUAAGAGGCACUGAAAGAAAACAUUAUAAAUCUACACCUGGUAAAAAAGUCUCCAUUGUGGGCUGGAUGGUGGCACUGCCUGAUGACCCUGAACAUCCUGAUAUUUUCCAGCUAAAUAACCCUGACAAAGGCAAUGUUUACAAGUUCCAGACUGGUUCAAGGUUUCAUGCAAUAUUAUGGCAUAAGCAUUUGGAUGAUGCAUGCAAGAGCAACAAGCCUCAGGUACCUGCUAAUCUAAUGUCAUUCGAAUAA